AUGUGGCUCUACCUGGCUGCCCUGCUGGGGCUUUACUUCCUUCGCCGAUGGUACCAGGAGAGACAGACGGUGGAGAACCUGACGGAGAAAUAUGUCUUCAUCACGGGGUGUGACUCUGGCUUUGGAAACCUACUUGCCAGGCAGCUGGAUGCCCGGGGUCUGUGGGUGCUGGCAGCCUGUCUCACGCAGAAGGGGGCAGAGCAGCUGGGCAAGGGCACCUCAGGGCGCUUGAAAACCACCAUUCUGGAUGUGAGCAGCACAGAGAGUGUGGCGGCUGCGACGGAGUGGGUGAAAGGGUGCAUUGGAAGCAAAGGUGAAUCUCUACCUUCCUUGUGGUGCCUCUGUGCUAUUGGUGGGACGGGGGAUUAGAAUUGCCUCUCUGUAUUCAUUUGUAGGCCACUUCACCCACAUAAUUGUGCCCAAAGUGGCUCACAAUGUGUAAAAGGAAGAAUAAGCAUAACAAUUCAGAAAAUACCUUAGAAAUAAUCAUUAUGAGCAUUUAAUAAUAAAUAUCGGAGCCAGCUCCAGAUAUUUGGUGCCUGAGAGCAUGGGACACCCCCUCCGGGAGUCCUGGGAAUUGUCGUUUGUCAAGGAUGCUGAGUUGAAAAGUUGAAACAACAUUCCAGCUUGACAGAUAUUUUCUCUAGUCUUUGGGGUUCCCAAGCUAAGUCAAACUCUUGAUGUGGGGAAAGAGAAUUGAUUGUUUUAACUGCAAAGGGGAAAGAAGAAGAAUGAUGUGAAAAUAAAAGGCAAAUUUAACAGAGAAGGGCACGGGCAUUUUUGUUGUUCUUUUGGUUACUUUUUAAAUACUGUAUCACUUUUAGGGUUUUGCUGCGUGAGGAGUUUCUGAAUGCAGCAAAACUCUGGGCAGCAGCAGCGUGGCAACCCCAGAAUCCCAACCCACAGCACACAACAGCCACUGAGCCACACUAUAGACCCCCAUGCCGCCCUAUGCCCCCCCUACAAGGGCAUAUGCCCCCUGCUACUGCUGGGCAGGAAAGAAAGGGAGAGAAAAGCAAGCUUUUUCAUUGUGAUUGACAAUGAAUUUUUUUUUGGGGGGGGGGACUUGUAUGCAGAUCAGCAACCUGCCACCACUGUAGCUGCUGGGCAAAUUAGUAAAGUCCUUUCCCGGAUCUUGCUUUCACCGCUGCCAAGCAUACACAAAUGUCUGAUCCGCUAUGUCAGGGAACUGACAUCGGAGCGAGAGGCGAAGGGGAGGCUCCUAGAUGAUGCUGGCGAAGGACCCAGCAGCAGGGGGAGAAACAGCUCAGUAGAGGGGGAAGCAAAUCAGCGCAACACCAGGGAUAAAGGGGGCAGAUGGGGGAAGGGGAGAGAGGGCUCCAGGACUCUUCACUGGACCUCAGUGAGGAGGGGACAGGUCCUCCGCUACCCACGCCCUCCCUGCGCAGAAGACUCCCGCGCAGUGAGAGGAGGAGGAGACUGGGUGUCAAACAACUUUUAUGUUGGAAGAGGUUCAAGAAACGCCCACUGACGGAUUCUGCCAGCGACUGAGGCAGCCACGAUGAGAAAGGGCUGUGCAGUCAGAAAGGUUUAACAAGGCAAAUUAGCCUAGAGAGGCACCAGUUUACGCAUGAGUAACUCAUACUCAUUACACGCUAUUACAAGGAAGGCAUUGCUGGCUUGGCUGGAGAAACUGCCUCUCACUUCUUCUCUGCCCUCACCUCUGCCCACCCACAAGGAGGGUUCUCAGCAGCAGCUUGGCCAGGUGACGUGUGUGUCUUGGUGGGGUUUCCACUUGUCCCUUGUAAUAGGGGAUUGCCCCUUAUUUUAAGGGGAAAUGCUGCAUCAUCAUCAUCAUCAUAAUAAUAAUAAUAAUAAUAAUACCUUUAUUGUCAAUGUACAACCUGUGUACAAUGAAAUUAACCGAGCCUCCCCACCCCCCAAACACUCAGUCUCAUUGCACUCUGUGAGCUUGUCGCAGAGCACACCCACCCUGAAAGUCAAUUGCACUAUAUUACAUUUUCUGUUCAGCAGCCUAACAGUCCACAGAUAGAAACUGUUUUUUAGCCUGUUGGGGGUGUAGUUUGUCCCUUAUGUCUGCCUUGCUUUCUCCCCGUACCCCCACCUCCUCUGCUGAGCUCAGCUGCUCCCUCCCAUCUCUAUCAGAGCUGCUGCCUCUCUCCUGCCUGUCCACUUUCCAUUUCUCUCUCCUCGUCUCCCCUUUUCCCUACCUUACCCUCUCCUGUUACACUAAAUCCAGUCAGAGACGCAGCUGCGGCCCAAUGGAAGGCAGCAGAGGAUGGCGAGUGUUUGGGGAUGGAAUGGAAUGUGGGUCCUGGAACAUGGAAAAGACUUAAGAGCCUCGGAUAGAAGGUCACCAGGUUGAUGGACUAGAUGGAAGGGAUAGAAAGGACUGAUAAAACCCGAGACCAGGAAGAAGAGACAAUGGAUGAAGAUUGGAAGAAAGUUUUAAAAAUUCAUUUAGAAAGUCAUUGUAAAAUUAAUGAGUAUUAGAAAAAUGUUGGAAUGAAACUAUUUGGCUUUAAUAGAAAUGUUAAAAGGAAUUAUGUAUAAAUAAGUUUUAAGUUUUAAGCUUUAGGGCUUUUUAUGGUAAGAUGAGGUUAAAAUAAAUAAAGGUAAUUUAAUGACAGAAUAUAGUGAAAGAUGGAAAGGAUUUGCUGAGAAAAUUAAUAACUAGAAUACAAAAAAGGGAGGUGUGAGGAGGUCGAUGAAACAAGUUAACGAAAGAUAAAGAUUUGGGAAUAUUGGAUUUGUUUUUAAUUUUUUUGUUUAUUUUUGUUUUUGGUUUUGAUGUAUUGUGUAUUUUGUUUUUUCUUUUUUUUUCUUUUUAUCGACUUGUAUUGUUUAAUUGCUCUUUUUGUCUACCUUUUUCUCUUUUCCUUUUUUUCCUUUCCUUUUUUUCCCCUCUGUAAUUUUAAAUUCUCAAUAAAUAUCAUUUAAAAAAAAAUGGAAUUGAAUGUGGGUCCUCAUUCCUUUUACAUGCUUCCCUGACCCUGUUCCUUUACAGAAGGGUAGGAUGGAUAUUUCAAACCUAUUCUUUAGGUACCAAAGAAAACCCCUCCCCCAGAAAACCCACGAAAAUUCAAGAAACUGUCACAAUCCUAAAUUCACUUUCAGCCUGAUCCUUUGAAAAUAGAAACAAGUCCCAAAUAGUUCCGUUUAAUUUACUUUCAAAUAAGUACACAGCGGAUUGAAGCCUUAAAAUGGUUGUUGUUUUAGUUAUUUCAAUAAAUUGAUGCCCAAUACUAUGUACUGUUAAGAACAGGUUGAAAAAUGAAGCACACAUGUCACCCUAGUGGUUAGAUGAAGUUGUCGGUCUCUGAUGCGUGUGUGUGAUGCAGCUACAUGGAAAGGGACAUUGGAGGCAAAGCUCUGUGAGGAAGAGAAACAGAAUUUGUUGCUAUCUUCACCCCUCUUUCAUUUUGGGGCUCGGUUUCUAUAUUUACAAUUCUUCUGACAAGCAGAAAUUCAGCACGUGGGGAGGAUGUGAGUCAUAGAUAUUAAUGUGCAUUGCUAACUGAGAUCCAUAAAUUUCAUUGGGUCUACUCUAUGGGUAUGGCCAGCACUGGAAACAACCCAUUGUAAUGGAUAGCUUUGAAGUCAUUUCUGCACCAGGUAAUUUUUAGCCUCCCAAUUCUCCCCAAUGUCCCAUAUUUUGCCUGACCUGUCCCUUAUUUUGUUCGACCACAGGUGGCAACCCUAGUGUGUGGGGAUUGCUUCAGCUGUUGAAAAAUGUCACUUCAGUUGUGCUGUGCUCAGCCUGCGGCCUCAACACUGCUUGCGUUGCCACCACCAGCAGUGACAACUUGGCCCCAUAACCAUGGGAGCCAGGGGCCAUGGAUACCAUGCAGCCUGCAUGGUCCUGACAACAAAAUUUGUGGGAGUUGGCCCCUACGCCCUGCAGCUUGCUGCUGUGAAGCAACCACUUUACCAGGCCUCAUGCAAGGGCCAGCCCUCCUAAGCACAAACCAUCUAUUCAUGUGACAGCCUUAUUUGUUAGGGUUGCUAAUAGGAAAAACAUCUCUUCUUUCUCACAGGGCUUUGGGGCUUGGUGAACAACGCAGGCACAGCUCUACCAACAGGUCCCAACGAAUGGCUGACCAAAGAUGACUUUGCAAAGGUGAUCAGUGUCAACCUUCUUGGGAUGAUUGAUGUGACGCUACACAUGGUGCCUCUGGUGAGGAGAGCCAGAGGGAGGGUGGUCAAUGUGUGCAGUUCGAUGGGACGCCUGGCCUGCUUUGGAGGUGGUUACUGCCCAUCCAAGUUUGGUGCGGAAGCCUUCUCUGACAGCCUGAGGUAAACAGAGCAGCUCUUUAAUGUCCUCUUUUGCUUGCUUUAGUGCAACAUCUGCCAUACUCCCUAACCACUUGCCAGGCUGGAAGUGGCUGAUGUGAGUCCUCCUGGUUUAGUUGCCAAGUCUGGGGAAAGUGGGCUGCAGGGAAGAAAGAGCUGGGAAAUAUGGCAGUUGCCCAGGGCUUUGCCCAAGACUCGCACAACUUGAGAUGAAUGUAUCCAGGCACAGGCCAUGUCCACAUCUGGCCUUGAACCAAACUUUUCAAAUCACAAGCCCGCAAUUGGAUGUGUGGCUCUCAGUCCAGGACCUUCUCAUUAAUGGUGAACAUGCUAUGGAUGUCCCCCUGUUUUCCUUAGAAUAGUUCGGGCCCAACAUGCUUUAUAGAAAUGUUGAUUACCAUGUUGAAAAGUGUGUGCUUUUUCCAACUAUUUAAAGGUAAAGGGACCCCUGACUAUUAGGCCCAGUCGCGGACGACUCUGGGGCUCAUCUCGCUUUAUUGGCUGAGGGAGCCGGCUUACAGCUUCCGGGUCAUGUGGCCAGCAUGACUCAGCCACUUCUGGCGAACCAGAGCAGCGCGCAGAAAUGCCGUUUACCUUCCCGUCAGAGUGGUACCUAUUUAUCUACUUGCACUUUGACGUGCUUUUGAACUGCUAGGUUGGCAGGAGCAGGGACCGAGCAACAGGAGCUCACCCCAUGUCCCUUCCAACUAUUUAUGUACCACUUAAUUAUCAAAGUGUGGGACUGAGCAGUUAUCUGUAGAUAUGCAAUGCCCAGGCUCACGUAGCAGGGAGGUCACUUUGGGGCUGCUAACCCUGUGGUUUGACUUCACCCGCAGAGGCACACUCCAUUCUCUCUUGAUGCCAACAGCUAAGCUGUGAAUGUGUAGCUUUUCGAGAGAAAUUCUGUGUGACAUCUUCUCAUGGUUGUUUGCACUGUAAUCUUUUUCUGCACAAAGGAGGUUUGGCAAAACCCUUAAUUGCUCCUUUUUUAGAACACAGGGUCCCAGAACCCAAAAAACAGGUUCUUGUUCCUUUGAUGCAAGUGACCUUUUCCCUCUUAACAAGAAGACUGGGCAGAGAUGGCAGAGGCUGCAGGGAGGAGGGUGGGAAGCAGCCCUGGCAGAAAAGGCCCCUUGCUCUCUGCAGCAACUUUCCCCCUUUGAAGCAUGUCCUCAUGACUGUCUCUUAAUACAACUGGUGCUGUGUCGUACACAAUCCUCUCCUGGGUAGGGAGUAUCCUGGCUCCUGCAAGAGGCAGAAGGCAGGGGAGCUGAAUUUCCCAUCUUUUCUUUCUCCUCAAUUUUUGAUUUCUUUUUCUUUAAAAGAAAGAUGUUCCUAUCCAUGGACCCAAGUUCCUGACCUGCAUUCCUGACCUAUGACUCAGUAGGCAAUGAUGUUUCUUCCUCUGCAUUUCAGGCGAGAGCUCCAUCCUUUUGGAGUCCAAGUCAGCAUUAUUGAACCUGGUGGUUUCCAAACAAACAUUUUCACACAAGCAGUAGAGAAUUUAAAGAAAGUAUGGAACCGAGUGCCGUCUGACAUCAAAGAAGUCUAUGGGGAACAGUACUUGGAGAACUGUGAGUAGACAUGGAGGGGAUUUCAGCAUGGUUUGCAUUUUCCUGCAAACUUUCCCAAUUCACACUCAUGAAGCAAUACAUUAACCAAUACAUAGCUCUGCUUAGGAAUUCAAACUCCUCUAAAUUUAGCAACUAGUUCUAUAAAUCAACAAUGUGUGCAAAAAUGUGCAUAUUAGAGAGAAAUUGGCAUCAAAGGUAUACACAAAAACGCACUAAGCAAAUUGACCACAAUAAACAAAAAUGCACUACGCAAGGAAAUAAUGUUUGCGAAAAUGUGUAUAUUGUGAAAACUGAAAUGCUGAUGACUUUCAAAAAUCAUAAACUGAAAUGAGGAGAACCAAACUCAAAGAUUUUGGAGAUAUUGAAACAGAGAGAAACCAAAAUGGACAGGUUCAUCAUUGUAGAUUUAAAUCUUUUGAGAAGGUGUUCUGUUUUGAAGCCUCCAAAAUAGUUCCAGAUGCAUCUGCUAUGAUUUAUCGUAUUUUUUGCUCUACAAGACUCACUUUUUCCCUCCUAAAAAGUAAGGGGAAAUGUGUGUGCGUCUUAUGGAGCGAAUGCAGGCUGCGCAGCUAUCCCAGAAGCCUGAACAGAUCGAUUUAGUUCUUCUAGGGAGAGGUAUCUAGAAGCUAACCAGUCAUAGAAUCAUAGAGUUGGAAGAGACCACAAGGGCCAUCGAGUCCAACCCCCUGCAGGAAACACCAUCAGAGCACUCCUGACAUAUGAUUGUCAAGCCUCUGCUUAAAGACCUCCAAAGAAGGAGACUCCACCACACUCCUUGGCAGCAAAUUCCACUGUCAAACAGCUCUUACUGUCAGGAAGUUCUUCCUAAUGUUUAGGUGGAAUCUUCUUUCUUGUAGUUUGGAUCCAUUGCUCCGUGUCCGCUUCUCUGGAGCAGCAGAAAACAACCUUUCUCCCUCCUCUAUGUGACAUCCUUUUAUAUAUUUGAACAUGGCUAUCAUAUCACCCCUUAACCUCCUCUUCUCCAGGCUAAACAUGCCCAGCUCCCUUAGCCGUUCCUCAUAAGGCAUCGUUUCCAGGCCUUUGACCAUUUUGGUUGCCCUCCUCUGGACACGUUCCAGUUUGUCAGUGUCCUUCUUGAACUGUGGUGCCCAGAACUGGACACAGUACUCCAGGUGAGGUCUGACCAGAGCAGAAUACAGUGGCACUCUUACUUCCCUUGAUCUAGAUGCUAUACUCCUAUUGAUGCAGCCCAGAGUCCAUUCAGCUCCCAAAAGAUUUAGGUUACCCCCUACAUUUACAGCACUAACUUCUGUUUUGCUUCAUAUUUCUCACACACAGAUUUCAAAAUUGGCCAAGAUACCUUUAACACUUCCAACAGCAAGCUUCACCUGGUCACCGACUGCAUAGAACAUGCCCUGACAUCCUGCUCCCCUCACACUCGCUACUCUGCAGGAUGGGAUGCAAAGCUCUUGUACAUUCCUGCCUCUUACUUUCCAACGUCCAUCGCUGACUUCGUGGCGAGCUGCAUUCAGCCCAAACCUGCUCAAGCUGUAUAG